AUAUAUUUUGUGAAAUUCCCAAUUUAUACAUUCAAAAUUUAUGACCAAUCAUCAAAUGUUAUCUGUCAGACAUUAAACGCGCUCUUGCAGCAAUGGAAUUUGCACACAUCGUUUUCAGAGUAGCCUUAUCUGGGGAUCCCAGUAUGUUACUACAGAUUUUAACUAACAACCCAAGUUUGGUGAAUCUUCCUGACUUCGAUGGUAAUAUGCCACUUCAUCUUGCUGCUAUGUCUGGCUCGUCAGAAUGUGUUAAGAUAUGCCUUUCUGCUCUGCAAACUCGCAAGGAUCUUGACUGCACAACGGAAGUUCGACGUCGAAAUUUCAUGGUAGGUUAAUGUUAUUAUAAGAAUUUUCCAAAGGGUAAAGAUGCUCUGACCAUUUCUGUUGAGAAAGGUGACUGUGAAUCAUUCAAUUUACUACUAAAUGCAGGAGCAGAUACAGAUUAUCGGUGUAUGGAUGAUGUACCUCCUCUGGUGGCUGCUUUAGGUCAAGAUAACGUGAAGUUAACUGCUAAUGUCCUAGAUGCACUCGAUAUAAAUUUCCUCCGUUUACGCUGGGAUCGCUAUUGGAUUUUAGCAUUGCAUGCUGACUUAUUGAUAUCUUUAGCUUAUUUUAAGCUCCUAAAGGCUCAUGCCGUUCCAUACAGACUAAGUGAUUUUGAGGAAAUUUGUGCUACUGUUCUCGAAAAAGAACCCUCAGUAAAGGGAAUCGAAGAAUUCUUGGUUUACUUGGGCUCAGAUGCUGUGGAGCGCUGGUCUACUAGUCAAGAGGAGGUAUCUCUCUGCUUAGCCCGCAUAUCAUCUUACUUUUUGAGAAAAAUCGUUCCAUUUAGUCAAAACUUCAGUUGUGUUCAUCAUUUACAAAAGUUAGGAUUAUACACGGCCCCAUCAUCUGCUAGAACAUGGCUGCAAGUUCUAUCGCAAUGGGGAUUUCCAAGGAUUUGUAUUGAACGACCAGAUAUCCAAAAACAAUUAAUUUGUAAUUUGGCGGAUAUUGAUAGGAUUCCAAAAACUACAGUUUCUGACAGAUGUUUAUUGCCACUCGUGUUAUAUUUCGCCGCCUUAGCUUUACGCUUCCCAAAUCCAGAUUGGAUCGAUUGUUGGCAUGAGGUUUGUUCUAAGGCGAACUUUAAUGAGCACGAAUACAACCUGGGGACACUUCUGGAACUACACACUAUACGUCAGUCAAAAUCUGUCUUUGAUUUUUUCUGGCAUAAUAUAUUCACUUUUACUAUCUCACGUGCUGUAUUGUAUACUAAUUUGAAACUAUUUUCUCUAGAUGAUACUCAGUGUUCUAUGAAUGAAUUCCUAAGCCACGCCUACUGUGAAUGUCAAUUAUUACAACCACUGCCUCCACGAAAUGAUGAAAAACUAAUUUACCUCCUUUCUUACUUUCCAGCAUCUAAUAAUAUUCCUGGACAUGAAAUCUUUAUGUCUGUUGUUUACCAGCAUUUUCUACCAUUGAUAUCCGAUGACGAUAGUGAAUGCAGUAGUUGCUCAAGCAUUAAUCCUAAUGUACUUAUGACCUCUACAGUCCACGUGCUUCAUCAAUACCCUUUAUUAAAUCUUAUUGUAAACUUUUCAGCUAAAUUAGGUUUGAAAUUUUUGAGCAAUUUUCAGGACUGGCCACGUUCAAUAUCAACCGAUUAUAGAGUCAAGUUGCUCAAUAUACUAAUUGCAUGUUACGUUGAGUCUAGUCAGCAUACCACAGUACCUAGAAAUAUCUCCCAGAUACGGCCAAUGAGACAAACUGGUAAUGUUAGUUCUAGUUAUUUAAACAAUUCAGUGAAUGAUUGGCUGAAUAAAUGGUCGUCUGAGCCAAAACGUCUCUCACUAUGGUCAAAAAUUACAAUACGCAAAUGUCUCAGAUAUUCCACGCAACAUCGUUCUCUGCCUAAGCAACCUGUGAAUGAACUUAUUAGGAGCUUACCGUUGGCUCCAGUGCUCCAAGAGUAUCUUCUAAAUAAUGAAUACUUGAAUUGAUCUUGAUUCUAGUUACUUUUGCAAUCUAAUCUUUAAUUGUACACUCGUUUACAACACAAGCAUCACUACGAUCUUGAGUGAAUACACAUGUUACACCGAGUGCUAGUUGUGUAAUAUCAUGUCAAGUAGGUGAAAGAAACCUUCAUGAACAAUACUGCGGAAAUAUUUGUUCGAAUGGUAUCAAUUGUAUUAUUGUUAUAUAGCUAGAUAAGUGGAAUAAAAUUUCAAGUAACAUACUUGUUUUCUGAUUGACAGAAGGAUAUCUCGUCCGUAGACGAUAGUGGAUACGGUCAUAGUACGCUAAAAUCUGAAAAAAAUCACCGAACCUACAGCUGUCCUUCCAUUCCAGGAAAUAUUCAGGGCACUGGUUUAAAUGCCUGCUAAUAAUCGAAAAAGUAUGUCUCUUUAGAAACGUUAGUUUGAACACCCUUGUGUGACAGAUGAUACAAAAUAAAGGGACAUGUGCUUCAACAAAUUUAUGUAAAAAUUAAAGAAUGUACAUGGUUUAUUCUACUUCAUCAUCCAAAUCGUCAGCUUCUUCUAAAGCCUGUUUGGCGAAUGUCUCUGCUUCAUCAAAGAGUUUGCGGGGGACAAGCUGAUGUAUACCUUUUGUAUCUAAACGUAUAUACAUCAACGAAUCAAAGGACUUACUUGCACCGACCCAACUAAGAUCCAGUUCAAAAUUCUUAUCUUUGAUUUCAUCAUGAACGGUGUAAAUUCUACAAAACAGGAAAUCGUGAUGGCGACUGACUCAACAUCAUAAAGCAUGUUAAAUAAGUAAUCAUUUGACUAAUUUCAAUCAUAAUGGUCGCGAACUUUUAUUACACUUUUUUGUCUGUUAUCACUAUUUUUUUAAUUUGGUAUCUAUUCGAAUGGGCGAACGCUAAUAAAGGUAAUUAUCGACAGGGAGAAUAACAUUUUCAAUGGUGCAAAAUAUGUUGGAUCUGUACUCUGUCUUACGAUCAGUCAGAUACGCUUUUUCAUAAACGUAUGAUGAAAAGUCUACUUUCAAAGAAUACUGUGAUUUUUAGGAUUUGAUAACAAACAGCCAUUGUUAUUUCCCUAGUCAUGAACGACCAAGUGUUCGCAGUGAAAGUGUAAUGAUGUACAAAGUAAUUUUGUACUUAAUUAUUUUGAAAUAAAAUAUUUGAUUCGGCUACAAACAUAUUGCUGGAAUUAUU